AUCGUACUUAUGUGGGAAUUUUUAUCGCUUGGCUCUGGAUCGGUCGAAAGAUACAUCGGCCACUGCGUAGCAGGCAGUCAAAGCGUCGCUAGCGGAAGUCGCUCGAUAUCGAUCUUCUAGCGUCUCCUCACUCCAGCAAGCACCUUCUCCAGCAUGUCAGGCACAGUCAAGACACAAGCGGAAGUGAAGGACAUCACGCGCAUCGAGCGCAUCGGUGCGCACUCGCACAUUCGCGGUCUUGGACUGGAUGACAGUCUCGAGCCACGUGCGUCCUCACAGGGUAUGGUAGGCCAGACGGAGGCCCGUAAAGCUGCGGGUAUCGUGGCCAAGAUGAUCGAGGAAGGCAACAUCGCUGGUCGCGCCAUCUUAUUGGCCGGUAAACCUGGCACAGGUAAGACGGCCAUUGCGAUGGGUAUUGCACAGGCAUUAGGAGAAGACACGCCGUUCACGACCAUCGCCGGUAGCGAGGUGUUCUCACUCGAGAUGAGCAAGACAGAGGCCUUGACGCAGGCUUUCCGUCGCUCUAUUGGCGUGAGGAUAAUGGAAGAAACCGAAAUUAUCGAGGGCGAAGUCGUGGAGAUCCAGGUGGACACUCCCACGGGUGGUGUGGGCGAUAAAGUGGGCCGAUUGACGCUCCGUACGACGGAGAUGGAGACGGUUUACGAUCUUGGAGCCAAGAUGAUCGACUCGCUGACCAAGGAGAAGGUCGAGGCUGGUGAUGUGAUUACUAUCAACAAAGAAUCCGGCAAGAUCUCGAAGCUCGGACGAUCGUUCACGCGCUCCCGCGACUAUGACGCAAUGGGAGCUCAGACUCGUUUCGUGCAGUGUCCCGAGGGUGAACUACAGAAGCGCAAGGAAGUGGUGCACGUGGUGUCUCUCCACGAGAUCGACGUGAUCAACUCGCGUUCUCAGGGUUUCCUCGCUCUGUUUGCUGGUGACACUGGAGAAAUCAAGGACGAAGUGCGCGAACAGAUCGACACCAAGGUCGCAGAGUGGCGUGAGGAAGGCAAGGCCACUAUUGUGCCUGGCGUGUUGUUUAUCGAUGAGGUCCACAUGCUGGAUAUCGAGUGUUUUUCAUGGCUUAAUCGUGCGCUAGAGAGCGACAUGGCUCCCGUGCUUAUCAUCGCAACGAACCGUGGCAUUACCCGCAUUCGCGGCACCAACUACAAGAGUCCUCACGGUAUUCCCAUCGACCUGUUGGACCGACUGAUGAUCAUCCCUACGAAGCCCUACAGCGAGUCCGAGAUGCGUAAGAUUCUGACCAUUCGCUGCGAAGAGGAAGAUGUGGAGAUGACUGAAGAAGCGAAGGAUCUGCUCACGCGUAUCGCUGUGGAGACGUCGCUGCGAUAUGCCAUUCAUAUGAUCAUCACAGCGUCGCUCGUAUGCUCCAAGCGCAAGGGUACAGAGGUGGAUGUGCCCGAUAUCAAGCGAGUCUACUCGCUGUUUGCCGACGUCAAGCGCUCCACGCAGUUCCUCAUGGAAUACCAGCGCGAGUUCAUGUUCCACGAGAUGGAUGACGAAGAGGAAGACGAGGAUAUGGAGUAGUAGAUGAGGAAUGGCAGUCUUAGCGCUUGUCCUGCUGCCAGUGCCUUGUGUGACCUAUAACAAUGAAAUCCCACUUACUAUUGCAGCUAUUGGCA